AUAAAAACACGCGUAUUCGGUUUUCCAUUUCCAGGUAUUCGUCGCUGUCUUCUCCGCAUCUUCCUUGAUUGUGGCUGCUUGAUAACGUCUUGACUCCGACCGAAAAUCCAUAGACUUUCCUUCGCUUUUUCCCGCCUCUCAUCUCCAUAUUCAAUCACCUCAAACAAGACGGAUUCAUAUAUUCUCGAUUUGUUCAGACUUCAGAUCGUUCAUUCAUCUUUUAAUCUUCCAAUCCUCUUGAAAUUUCGCUGAAAAUAAAUGGUUUAACGAAACUCCGUUUCUUCUACUUUGACAUUCUCCAUCAAAACCUCGUGUUAUCUACUUUCACGAUUUCACAAGAAUCAAUGGCUGCAUGUAAGCGUGUAAUGGAAUUGGGAUUACGUGCUAAUUUAAUCAAAUCCAGAGGUUUUCACGCUUCCAAGGUAUCUGCUGCUGCUGCUGCCGUUUCCGCGGAGAAAUUCCGAUUUGAUGGCUCGUCGAUGUAUUUAAGGAAUUAUUUGUCUUCUAAUCGGUAUGCUAACCGGUACGAUUGUAGACAUAUAUCUCAACUUGUUAAGCAGACCGGAAAGCGUUUGUUUCUAGUCGAUACUUUGGCCUUGGUGAGAAGUUUGGAAGCUCAGGGAAUACCUUCAAAACAUGCUGAGGCUAUAACAACUGCUAUUACCGAAGUUCUAAAUGAUAGCUUGGAAAAUGUGGCCGAGUCUUUUGUUACCAAAACAGAUAUGCAAAAGUCAGAAAUGCUUCAAGAUGCAAAUCUUGCAAAGUUCAAAUCCGAAGUUCAGAAUUCUCAGGAGCAUCAUUUUUCAAUGCUUCAACGCGAAACUGAAAAGCUUAAAAGUGAUAUAGAUAAAAUUCGUAGCGAGCUUAGGUACGAGAUUGACAAAGUCACUGCAGGCCAGCGCUUGGACUUGAAUCUUGAAAGAGGACGCAUACGUGAUGAACUUGCAAAUCAGAAUGCAGAAACAACAAACCUCACCAACAAACUUGACCGAGAAAUUCAUGGAUUGAGGGCUCAAUUGGAAGCCGCAAAGUAUGAGGUAAUCAAGUACUGCAUAGGUACACUUGUGUCGAUAUCUGCGGUUGGCCUUGCAGUAUUGCGAAUCUUGUUAUAGAUUAAAACUCUCAAUUGCCCGGAAAUGCCAAAAUAAUUCUAAUGUCAUUUCUCUUUCAAUUAACCCAUUCAUUCUUUGCAUUUUUACAUUGAAUACUCCAAACUUGGUACCCUUGAAUAGUACAUUUACAUGUGGGGGUGGAACAGUCACCAAUGCUAGGUUAAAUUUGGGGGUGGUUGAUAUUUGAAACAGGCUGAUGUAAAGAAAGGGCUUUUGUUUAUGUUGAAUUUGUAUGUUUGGAUAUUCUUAUUCAAAGUCUAACUUUAAAUAUUUUUACCUUAUUUGUUGAA